UUUCAGCGGUGGACAACCACGCUGGUUCUUAACAACGUCCAAGAGAAUGCUUUUAGCGGACAGGAGCCUACGUGAUUGAUUUGGAGGUGUUUCGUCAAACGUUAAGCUGUGUUUCUGGGUUUAUGGCGGGCACAGGAGCAGAACAGGCGAAAGAGAGAGUAGAGAGGAGAAGAAAAGAAGAAGAUGGAGACGAUAAAAAUGGGCACCAGAUGCAAAGAGACGAGCCUGUGCAGGGCUAUGCAUGCAGGAAGCAAUGCAGAUGUCAGGUCAGGUCGCUGCUUCAUGGCUUCUCUCCUCGAUCUCCUUUCUUCGUCUCCUCCCCUCAGCGCUUAGCUGCUUUGUCUCAGCCAUUGGAUGGCUCUCCAGACGCCAAAUCUACGCACGGGGAGGAUCCCAACGCACACACAACAUUGGACGAUGUUCUCAGACGGACCUAAAGAAAAGAUCAUACAUACUCUAUUCUAUCAAAGCAAAAAAAAGAAAAAGAAAAAGAGAAAAAAAAAGGAAAAGAAAAGGGAGAGUGCGUGUUUGUAUCAAUCGUAGUGCGAGCAGUGGACAAAAGAAGUGGUGUCCUGUUGGGUGCCCCGAGGUAUAUAGAGGGAAGUGCAGGGGAUGGUGGAGGAGACGAGUCUUGCAUGCCGAGGCUUAGCUUCUCUCCCUGCAGACAAGGAACUGCGUCCUGUUCCUUUGUGAUCUCCCAGACAGCAGGAAGGAAUUGCGGCUGAAAUGGUCAAGGGCGAAGACUUCAAGCUCCUCAAGAUCCAGACCCACGUCCUGAAGGUGAACAUACAUUGUGAUGGCUGUAAGCACAAAGUUACGAAGCUCCUCCAUAGAAUUGAAGGGGUCUUCUCAGUCAGCAUAGAUAUAGAAGAACAGAAGGUCACAGUUUCUGGGAAUGUGGACUCUGAAACCCUCAUCAGGAAGCUGGUCAGAGCAGGUAAGCGUGCGGAGCUUUGGUCUCAAAAGCUUACCCCGAUUCAGAAGUCCAUCCAUAAAAAAAAACCACCACCACCACCACCGAAGCAAGUUGCCAAUCCCAUGAAGGAAGCCAACACGAAGAUCGAAGGGCGAGGCAAACAAGGCCUCCUGCGAGGCCUCAAAGCCUUCAAACACCAGCACAACAAGCUUCCCUCGUCCAGCUCCGACGAGGAAGACUAUGAUGAUGAUGAUGAUGAUAUUGAUGACGACGAAGAAGAAGACGACGAUGAUCUGCAAAUCCUCGAUCAUAAGAUGAUGCAAAUCAGUUUAACGAGGCAGGCAAACAAUGCACCAGCCAGCGCGAGGCCAACAAAUGGCAGCAGCGGAUGGAAGAGCAGAGAGGCAGAGCACACCGUCUCAAGUGGGUCACAGCCAAAAGGCGUCAAUGCUGCAGCCAACGACAAGAAGGUGGCGAGUGGCAAUCCUGAGGCAGGGAAGGGACAAAGGAUGACGCAGGCGAAUAAUGUGAUGAUGGGUCUCGUUGGGAGCAAUGGAGGCUUGCCACGAAAUGCUGGUGGGGCACAAUACCAGUCGGCAUUGCUGGUGAACAAGCAGGGGUACCCGAACCAUCCACCAUCCAUGGCGAACAACUCGAGAGGGCACAGCAUGGCGAUGCACGACGGCAGAUGCGUGCAGCCUCAGAUGAUGCACCUCAGGUCCCCUCAGAUCGCCUCCUACACUGGCUACUACAACUACUGCCCGAGCCCUCGCUAUCUCAGCAGUCAAGUAGACAACGGCUUCUGUGCCACUCAUCUUUUCAGUGAUGAGAACGCUAAUGCUUGUAUUAUCAUGUAGAUAGUAGGUUUUCAGGAGAUCAGGGGGGGGGGGGGUUGACUCUCUCUCUCUCUUUCCCUUGUUCCUUCCUCGUUGCUGCUAUGGUUUCCUAUAGUCGGUGGUGCUUCGAACUGGUAGCAUUCUUGAUGUUAGCUCAAGCUGUUGUCGAGCAUCUUCUCGUCCCCUUGUUCUUGUGCUUCCCACCGUCCUCGAUGCUACUGAUUACCAUCCUCAUUUUGG